AUGAGGUCGCGGUUCUACAAUGCGGGGCAGCGGCGCUGCACGCUGUGUGACGAGCAUUUGGAGGCUUCUUUUCCCGCCCACUGUGGCUACGUGGGCCACAUUGCGCGGGUUGGCAUCCUCGAGCGAGCUACCGCCACGCUGCAGAAGGAGAUGGCAGCCGUUAUGACGCAUCCCGCGUCUGGGCCAGCGUCAAGCGUGGCACAAAAAGUGCGGGCUCUUCUGGAGGACUGGUGGAGGCGGCUGAACGAGGUGGAGCAGGAGACGCUUCUGGACUACAAACGUAUAGCCUCCCUUAGCGCACCAACUUCCAGGAAGAGACUGUGGCGGGUGCGCUUCCUCUUGGAGUUUUUGCGUGAUCGCGGCGUGAUUCGUGACUGCCUGACGUUGGUGAAGGGGGCCUUGUCUGGUGAAGCUUCGUUUGUGCGCACCAAACGUUUUGAACGCAGUGAAAUGAUUGGAGACAACAUAGUGAAGGUUGUCGUGCCAGACCGUCUUGUGCGUCUGUUUCCAUCGAAGGAGGGUGGUGUGACGUACAAGCUUGCGUGUAUUCAGCAGCUGCUUGACAGUAAUGAGGGGUUGCUGCAGAUUUAUGAUUACCUUGACCUUAACUCCAUCAUCGGCGUCCGACUACCGAACAAUAAGACGAAGUCGGACGUGGUGGAGUCCCUUUUUGGAGAACUUCAGACGUUUCUUUGGGCGAGCGACGUGGCCUGUGGCUUGAGUCAAUACCCUGCCAUUCCCACCGUCGAGCAUCGCUACGUGCGGGCCCUCGUGGAACACCUGAUGAAUGAGCUUACCCACAUGGUCAUCAUGUGGCGCAUUGAAACCACCCUGGAGAACGCGAGGGAGUAUCUGGAGGAACAGCUUGAGAGAAAGUCACAACAGCUACAUCCGUUUGCCACGAAGGGGGGAGUAGGCGGCUGCGUGGUCGUGAAGGAAGUGGAGUGCGACCGCGGUCGCUACGCCGUUUUGCCGCUCUUGAUGUCCUUUCCUUACCAGACUGCCGCGGCGGAAGCACGACCGCCCGGACAGCGACCAAACACGCCCCCGCUGGGACGCCAUGUGCGAGAGAACGGAACGCCACAGAUGUUGUUUUCAACUUCUAUACCAAAGCCAGCGUCGAUGGAGCUGCACUAUAGGCCGCGGUUGCGUGUGGUGCGAAGCGCAAAGGAGUACAAAUUGGAGGCGGUGAGGGCGUUGUCGAUGCAGCGCGGGGUAUUCACGAGUCGUUCCUCGGGGUCCGCGUCGUCGACUUCGGUGGGAAGUCAGGUGAGCGCCAAGGACGCAAGGAAGCAGUUGGGCUACCUCCCGCCGACAGGAGGAUCUGAAGAGAAGUAUCCCACGUGGACCCGUGACCUGCGACUUGCGGAGACACGCCAGUGCGUGGAAGAGCACAUGACGCGGCAGGGAAUUUACGUGGAGACGAUAAACUGGGGAAGCUUGGUGACGGCUGUGGCGCGCACUUUAGCGGGGUCGCAGAACUCAGAAGCGCCUCGGCUACAAGGUGGACCAACAAAAUCGUUACCGCUAUCAGCAGCAGGAGCAAUAGCAGGGACAAUUUCGUUUGAGGAGGAAAAGUUAAGCUUGGUUGACAGGAUGUGCAUUCCACCAUUGAGCCCAACAAUGCAGUAG